AUGACAAGCAACACUUGGAAGAACAUUGCGCUGGACCAAUUCGCUCGAAAGCUUGGGUCCACUUCUACCGAAGUAUCGUCGGUUGCGCUGGGAGGCGAGAUCCUAUCCUUCAGCGACGAAUGGUUUGCUCCUGCUUCCGAUCUGCUCAAAGUGGAGGCAGCGCCGAGCCUCAAGGGACAAUUCGGACCCAAAGGAGCUCUCUUUUCGGGCUGGGAAACUCGAAGACACAAUCCUACAUUCGACUGGGUCAUUCUGCGUCUAGGUCCAGCAGCCGGUGCUCAGAUACUCGGAGUAGAUGUCGACACGGCUUGGUUCAAUGGGAAUGAGGCGCCCGAAGUCGAAGUGUGGGCAUUGCACCUCGAUGAGGAUCAGCCUAUUGAGGAAUCCGACAGCAGAUGGGUUUCCCUGCUCCAUCGAGUCCCUUGCGGUCCGUCAGCGCGUCAUCUUUGGAUUACACCGGACGAAAAGCCUACGGAGCAGGUCUUUACGCACAUCAAGCUGCGGAUGAUUCCAGACGGAGGUAUUGCUCGUUUUCGUGUGUAUGGUACAAUCACUGCGCCACCACUUGGCCAAGGCUUUGAGGAGCAGACCCCAACUCAUGCUGAGCCGUCGAUUGAGGCUCUGAACUUGAGCUCGCUCGAUUUGGCCCACGUGCUCAACGGCGGCAGAGUCGUCUUUACGAGCGAUCAGCACUUCGGCAUUGGGCCUAAUGUCUUGCUCCCCGGUCGAGGGAAGGACAUGGGCGACGGAUGGGAGACCAAGCGCUCCCGUACACCAGGACACAAAGAUUGGUUGAUCAUUCAGCUGGCGGAACCUGCAUACUUGUCAUACGCCGAAAUCGACACGCUCCACUUUCUCGGCAACUUUCCCGAAUCUGUUGCGCUGCAUGGGUUGGCACUCGCACCUGGCGCCCAACUCCCAACAGCUUUCGAGCAAGGCGACUGGGAUGAGCUAGUGCCGAGGUCCAAGACGGGUCCUCACAAGAAGCACUUCUUCCGCAUCAAGUCCUCUGCUGACUCGAUCGCCGUCAAGUUCAAAGCGUACACACACGUACGCGUGGCCAUGUUUCCGGAUGGCGGGAUCAAACGGGUUCGACUGAUUGGCCGAAGAGCAAAGCACUUGGCGGAUUGGCCAAAAGACAAGGUCUUGCCUGAGAUCGCCUUGCCCAUCGAGUCCGAGAUGAGCGGUCGUGAGAAAGAGCUGCCCGCUGCUCCGGCGCCGCUCCAUGCUACAAGCUCCUCCAACACCGCUCUUCAGAUUCCGGUCGAGGAAUUGACUACUGAGAACUAUGCAACGUACGGAUCGGUUGUGGGACAUCCUUCACAGACAUCAUCCUCUCAUAUGCUAAGCUCCACAGCAGGCCCAGCUUUCAAGCAGGUGAAUCAAGGCACAGCUGAAAAGUACGUCGAUCAAUCUUUGGUGCUCUCCACUUAUCCUCAAGAAUCGAAAGCUGAGACUGCGAUUCAUACGUACCGAUGCUACCCUCAUCCAGCGCUCGAGAGUAGCUCUGGUCAAUUCUUUGAUGUGAAGCUGCUAGAGAGACAUAGGUACACUACGCAGGCUUUUCUACCCCUUGGCAAUGGAGAAGAUCAAGCGUACCUGGUCAUUGUCGCUUUGAACGGAGAAGACGAUACGCCGGACCUCUCUACACUCAAGGCGUACUCGGUACGCGGAUCGACAGGUAUCACUUAUGCCGCCGGAGUUUGGCAUCAUCCAAUGGUCGUGCUUCCCUCCUCCUCUGCGCUUCAAACACCCAUCGACUUUGCGGUCGUGGUCAACGAAAGCAAGAUCCAUCCCCAGCUCGACUGUGAUGAGCAUCACUGGAAAGACUCGAACCCUGCUUGUCGAAUACUUGUUGUGUAG